AUGGCGCUCAAUCCCGACGCCCUCAAUCUCAACUAUGACAGCGACGACAGCAUGCAGGUAGACUCUGACAACGAUCACGGUGACCACAGGCCCAUCCCCAACCAUUUGGCGCAUGUUCAGGACCCUGAGCCUGAUGUCGAUGCCGAGGGUGAGGUAGAGUAUGUCGAUGAUACCACCUCCGCCGCUUUAGAGACGCCCGUCGCAGGUCCGUCAUCUUAUGCGCACAGACUUUCCGACGUAGAAGAUUCGGGCUAUGAAGACAACCCUGCAGAUGAUGAAGAUGACGACGAGGACGAAGACGACGGUUCGUACGCAGACGACGAGUAUGGAAAGAAGAAGGCGGCGAAGUCAAAGAAGAAGAAAGCUAUUCCAUCGUCUUCAGCUCCCAGGCCCAAAGCACUCCGCCAUGCAUCUUCGGACUCGGAUUCUGAUUAUGGUGCGCGAUCGAAGAAGAAGAAGCCUCGUGUCUCGGGGGAGGAAAUUCGUGUUUCCAGCAGAGGCAGCAAGAUUCCAAACUAUUAUGAGGGAAAUCAAGAUUAUGGAGUACUUUCAGAGGAAGAAUCAGUCCAGAACUACUACCUGGAUUCAAAUGCACAGUUCAAGGAGGAGGAUGAAAUAGAGGCCGUCCUUGGGCACUGCAGAGACGAGAAUCGUGAAGAUGACAUAGAGGAUUUGUGGUAUGAUAAUAUCCGAUUCCAUAUCAAGUGGAAGAAUUUUUCCCACCUCCACAACACCGACGAGACAUACGAAUUCUUGAAGCGUUUCAAGGGCUUGAAGCGUGUGGACAAUUACAUCAAAGCCUACAAAGCAUACCAGGCCAGGCUGGGCGCACCUGGUCUCUCUACGGAGGACAGAGAGGCUCUUCUUCUGGACAAGGAGCGGGAAAAGGAAGAGCUGGAGACCUACAAGACCGUGGAGAGGAUUGUGGCUCAUCGAGAGAGUCAGGACGUACCCAACAACACAGAGUACCUCUGCAAAUGGACUGCACUAAACUAUGAACACUGCACGUGGGAGGACCAGAACGAAAUACGCCAAAUAGCCAAGACACAAAUUGAAGCAUACCGCGCUCGUGAAGCAGAAGCAAAGUUCCCCUACAAGAGUGUUCAGUAUGCACGUCAUCAACGACCGCCAUUCCAAAAAAUAGUCAAGGAUCCGGACUACAUUUCUGCUACAGGUGGCCAGCUGAAGGAUUUCCAGCUCACUGGUCUAAAUUGGCUUGCAUAUCUGUGGAGUAAGGGCGAGAACGGCAUCUUGGCUGAUGAGAUGGGCCUCGGAAAGACUGUACAAACAGUAUCGCUCCUCUCUUACUUAUUCCACGAGAUGCAUCAAUACGGGCCUUUUCUUUGCAUAGUGCCCCUUUCAACGAUCACAGCGUGGCAGUCUCAGUUCGCUACUUGGGCUCCAGACUUGAAUGUUAUCACCUACAUAGGCACUGCUGCCGCGCGAGAAGUCAUUCGCACACACGAGUUUGGUCCAUCUAACAAGCGCUUAAAGAUGAACGUGCUUCUCACCACUUACGAACUCACACUUCGAGAUGCAAAGGAUCUGGCAGAUAUUAAGUGGCAAGUGCUCGCCGUUGAUGAGGCACACCGCUUGAAGAAUUCCGAGAGUCAACUGUAUGAAGCACUCAAGUCAUUCUCGGCAUCCUCCAAGCUCCUCAUCACGGGAACCCCACUGCAAAACAACGUAAAAGAACUGCUUUCGUUGAUGCAUUUCUUGAUGCCGGAGAAAUUUGCCUUGACCAACGAGUUCGAUUUAAAUGACGCUGACCACGAGAGUAAAAUCAAAGAGCUGCACCAGCAACUGGAGUCUCUCAUGUUACGGCGAUUGAAGCGUGAUGUACUUACCUCAUUGCCGACGAAGAGUGAGCGCAUUCUUCGUGUUGAAAUGAGUGCAUUACAGACGCACUUUUAUAAGAAUAUUCUCACCAAGAAUUUCCAAGCAUUGGUCAAGAGCGCAAAUGGGAAUAAUAACAUCAGUCUCCUUAACAUUGCCAUGGAACUCAAGAAGGCUGCUAAUCAUCCUUACCUUUUUGAUGGGGCAGAAUCACGCACUGACUCCGAGGAAGAGACGCUCAAGGGCCUCGUCAUGAGCAGCGGGAAGAUGGUUUUACUCGAUAAAUUACUUGCCAGGCUGCGGCAAGACAACCACCGUGUCCUCAUUUUUAGCCAGAUGGUUCGCAUGCUUGACAUUUUGAGCGACUAUAUGAGUCUUCGUGGAUACCAGCAUCAACGCUUGGAUGGAAUGGUCGCCUCUGAUGCGCGGAAGAAGGCGAUCGCCCAUUUCAAUGCGCCGGGUUCUCUGGAUUUCGCAUUCCUACUGUCGACGCGGGCGGGCGGUCUUGGUAUUAAUCUCGAAACUGCCGACACGGUCAUCAUCUUUGAUAGUGACUGGAAUCCGCAGAAUGAUCUGCAGGCCAUGGCUCGCGCCCACCGGAUUGGUCAAAAGUCACAUGUGAGCGUGUAUCGUUUCGUGAGUAAGGACACGAUGGAAGAGGACAUCUUGGAGCGGGCAAAGAAGAAGAUGGUCCUGGAGUAUGCCAUCAUCAACCAAGUGGACACCUCUCAAGCUCAUCUUAGCUCAAAGGGCGACAGGCCAAAGGAUUCCGUAAAGUCGGAUCAUUUGAGCAAGGACGAACUGACUGCCGUCCUCAAGUACGGUGCCCAAAAGAUGUUUGACAAGGAUGACUCACAGCAGAACAAGAAGCUGGACGAGAUGGACCUUGAUGAUAUUCUGAACAGGGCAGAGGAUCAUGAAACCAUGGCCGCUGGUGGUGAUGGUGGAACCUCACUCGGUGGCGAAGGGUUCCUUGCACAAUUCGCUUCUGUCAGUGAUGUCAAGAAUGACAUGAAUUGGGAGGAUAUCAUCCCUCUCGAGGAGCGACAGAAGUUCGACAAGGAAGAAGAUCAACGGAAAGCGGAGGAGUUGGUUGCACAGGAGUUGCGCGACCGCAAGCGGUCGCAUGCACCAGUCUCCUAUGAAGGGAUGGAUGUUGAUCAUCCCGCGCCCUCUGCAGCUCCGAAGAAGCCCAAAGCUCCCGGAGCACAGCGGAAGUCUGCAAGCCAGAAAGCUAUGGAGCUUAAGGAGCGUGAUGUUCGCGUACUCAUCCGCAGCUUACAACGUUGGGGUGACAUUCGUCAGCGAUAUGACGUUAUCGUCCGCGAAUCGAAGCUUACGGAUAAACACAAGGCCAUGAUUAUCGACGUUGCUGAUGAAAUUAUUGAACUCUGUUCCCAUGCGGUGGAGGAGAACAACCAACAGAAACGAUCACGCAUGGCAGCUGGAGAAACAUUGACUAAUGCCCAGAAGAGCAAGGCCGUGUUGGUGACUUAUAAAAACGUGGGCAAUAUCAACGCUGAGACGGUUCUCUCGAGAUACCGAGACUUACGUGUCCUGAACAACAUUCUGGCCGAUCUCGCUCCAGGCGAGCUCUACAAUUGGGCCAUCCCAAUUGAUAACAUAAGGCCAGUCUUGAACUGGUCAGGUCGCUGGGGUUCUCAGGAGGAUUCCAUGCUUCUCGUUGGUGCUUACCUCUACGGCUUUGGAAAUUGGGAGGCAAUGGCGAAGGACGAACAGUUAGGGCUAGAAGGCAAAUUCUUCCUGGAAGAAGGGAAGAAGGGCGAGGACUCCUCUUCACGGCCAAUCCCCAACGCCAUUCAUCUUGUUCGACGGGGUGAUUUCCUCCUCGGGCUUCUCCGCGAGUAUGACGAGAAAUUCCGCUCAUACGAAAGCUCGUUACGCAAUAAAGGGGUCAAAGUCUCAGCUACGCCUCCACCCCUAGCGGUGGCCUCGUCCUCUACCAGUAACAGAAAGAGACGGGCCGAGAGCGAGGCUAUUGCAUCUGUUGAUGAUAGCACGACGACGACAACAAAAAGGCGCAAACGGAGACCCACACCUACGUUUACCGACUCUGAGUCGUCAGACGAAUGUCCAUCCAUGGAUGAAAUCGCAACCAAAGAGGAAUUGCGGCCUGUGAAGAAACAACUGAAGCAGCUCAAGCUGUCGGGAGAGGAGAUGCCGCGGGACGAUAAGGUUGCGAUAUUGAAGGACUCCCUAGCUGCGAUCGGGCGCCGGAUUGAAAUGGUUCUACAAGCCAAACAGGCUGCCGGAGAAGAUUCCGAAAGGUGGAAGCGACACUUGUGGGCUUUCGUCACUCUCUUCUGGCCUAAGAAAGUGAAAGCAUCUAAGUUGGAGGAAAUCCAUGCCAAGAUGGUCAUGAAAGAAGCUGCACCCCGGCCACCAUCUGAUGCUGCAAGUGCAAGCAAGAAACCUCGUCCGACCACUAGCGGUAAGACACUGUCGCCUUCUAACGUGGCCAUGAAGACCAAUGGCAAGACCCAUCGGUAGCACAACUUUCACGUGGAUAUGUGUAGCAACCUUGCUUUCCCUCCUAUUCAAUCGUCGUAAAGAUAUGGAACUCUGCGCUCUUUAUGUUGUAUUACGUCGAUGCCGCAUUAAUUUGAAGCCGUCCUAAUUCACAUUUCGUUCUCUUCCCUGUAC